GAACCGGAAGUAGCGCACGGCGACGGCUUCAGUUUGGGCGGGCAAAACCAUACGGCAGGGGGAGGAGCGGGUGAGACAAGAAGUGGGAGAGGAAGCCAUCGUGGAAGGAAGAGGGUGAGCUGUGCCGAUCAAGGGCUGCUUCGCGGGAGCAACAUGGCAGCGCUGAUGGGUUCCCUGAUGGGAGCUCAGCAGGAGCCGCCUCCGCCCAAGAAAAUCGUGGCUCCCACCGUGUCGCAGAUCAACGCGGAGUUCGUUACGCAGCUGGCAAACAAGUACUGGGCACCACAUGUUAAGAAAAAACUUCCUUUUGAGUCAAAGGUUAUUGAAGAUGUGUACGGAAAAGAAAUGGUUAGGUCAAAAUUUGCUAUUAGAAAAAUCAUGCUUCUAGAAUUUAGCCAGUACCUUGAAAAUUAUUUGUGGAUGAAUUAUUCUCCUGAGGUGUCCAGCAAGGCUUAUUUGAUGUCAAUCUGUUGUAUGGUGAAUGAAAAGUUCAGGGAGAAUGUUCCAGCAUGGGAGACAUUCAAAAAGAAGCCAGAGCACUUCCCAUUCUUUUUCAAACAUGUGCUGGAUGCUUCCUUGGUUGAGAAUGACAAUGAAUUCUCUCUACAAGAGCAGACCAUACUCCUGCUUUUCCUUGACCACUGCUUCAACAGUUUGGAAGUAGAUUUGAUCAGAGGGCAAGUCCAGCAGCUCAUCUCCCUGCCGAUGUGGAUGGGCCUGCAGCCCGGUCGUCUAGCACUUGAAUUGAAAAAGACACCAAAGCUUAGAAAAUUUUGGAAUUUGAUCAAGAAGAAUGAUGAGAAAAUGGAUGAAAAUACUCGGGCACAAGCAUAUCAAGAAAGACGAUUUCUUUCGCAACUGAUCCGGAAAUUCAUCUCUGUAUUAAAAUUGAUACCCACUUCAGGUCCUCUCUCUAUGGAUAAAGUGCACUAUUGCGAAAGAUUCGUUGAACUCAUGAUAGAUCUAGAGGCCCUGCUUCCAACACGGCGCUGGUUUAAUAUGAUACUUGAUGAUUCUCACCUGGUUGUGCAUUGUUACUUAUCCAGCCUAGCUAAAAGGAACAAGGAGGGUCAUCUUUUCUGCCAGCUUUUAGACAUGCUCAAAUUCUACACUGGUUUUGAAAUUAAUGACCAGACUGGAAAUGCAUUGACAGAGAAUGAGAUGACUACUAUUCAUUAUGACAGAAUUACUUCCCUCCAGAGAGCAGCUUUUGCGCAUUUCCCAGAACUCUACAAUUUUGCCCUCUCAAAUGUAUCUGCUGUAGACACACGUGAUUCCCUCAUAAAGCUUUUUGGGCCUCUAAGUCCAAAUACACUCCACCAGGUGGCAUCGUAUCUCUGCUUGUUGCCAUCCUUACCUGAAGGGGAAGAUACGAGCUAUGAAAAAGAGUUUCUCCUUGAACUCCUGGUGUCCCGUCAUGAACGUCGAAUUUCUCAAAUUCAGCAGCUCAAUCAGAUGCCUCUGUAUCCCACUGAGAAGAUUAUUUGGGAUGAAAAUAUAGUCCCAACUGAAUACUAUUCUGGUGAAGGCUGCCUUGCCCUCCCAAAAUUGAAUUUACAGUUUCUUACUCUCCAUGACUACCUCCUGAGAAAUUUCAACCUCUUCCGCCUGGAGUCUACCUAUGAAAUCAGGCAGGACAUCGAGGAUAGUGUCAGUAGGAUGAAACCAUGGCAAUCUGAAUAUGGAGGCAUUGUCUUUGGUGGAUGGGCCCGAAUGGCACAGCCCAUUGUCUCUUUCACGGUCAUAGAGGUGGCAAAGCCCAACAUCGGAGAAAACUGGCCCAUGAGAGUCCGAGCAGAUGUUACAGUUAACUUGAAUGUUAGAGACAACAUCAAAGAUGAAUGGGAAGGUCUGCGCAAGCACGACGUUUGCUUUUUGAUUACUGUCCGUCCCACACAGCCUUAUGGAACAAAGUUUGAUAGAAGGCAACUAUUUGUUGAGCAGACCGGCCUGGUGUAUGUGAGAGGAUGUGAAAUCCAGGGCAUGCUGGAUGAUAAAGGACGUGUCAUUGAAGAGGGACCAGAACCCAAACCAAGACUUAAGGGUGAUUCGAGAACAUUUAGAGUGUUCUUGGAUCCUAACCAGUAUCAACAGGACAUGACGAAUACCAUCCAAAAUGGAACGGAAGAUGUCUACGAGACAUUUAAUAUAAUAAUGAGGAGAAAGCCAAAAGAAAACAACUUCAAAGCUGUUCUGGAGACUAUAAGGAAUUUGAUGAACACUGACUGUGUGGUUCCUGAUUGGUUACAUGACAUUAUUCUUGGUUAUGGAGACCCAAGUAGUGCUCACUAUUCAAAAAUGCCAAAUCAGAUUGCCUCCCUGGAUUUUAAUGAUACCUUCCUCUCUAUUGGUCACUUAAAAGCCAGCUUUCCUGGAUAUAGCAUUAAAGUAACCGUUGAAGACCCUGCACUCCAGAUUCCUCCAUUUAGGAUAACAUUUCCUGUCGGAAGUGACACUGUAAAGAAAAGGAAAGAGUGUGAUGAAGAAAAAGCUGAAGGCUCAAAAACAUUGAUUGUUGAGCCCCAUAUCAUCCCCAACAGAGGACCUUACCCAUACAAUCAACCCAAACGCAAUACGAUUCAGUUUACUCACACCCAGAUUGAAGCUAUACGUGCAGGAAUGCAGCCUGGAUUGACAAUGGUGGUGGGGCCACCUGGUACAGGUAAAACUGAUGUUGCAGUGCAGAUAAUAUCUAAUCUCUAUCACAACUUUCCUGAACAGAGGACCCUUAUUGUUACACAUUCCAAUCAGGCCUUGAACCAGCUGUUUGAGAAAAUCAUGGCUCUAGACAUUGAUGAACGCCAUCUCCUGCGUCUUGGUCAUGGAGAAGAAGAACUGGAGACAGAGAAAGAUUUCAGCAGUUUCAUUGAAUUCAGAGCAUUUGAACUGCUCCGUAGUGGACUGGACAGAUCCAAAUACCUACUUGUGAAAGAAGCAAAGAUCAUUGCAAUGACUUGUACGCAUGCUGCUUUGAAACGUCAUGAUUUAGUUGAGCUGGGUUUCAAGUACGAUAACAUCCUAAUGGAAGAGGCUGCUCAGAUACUGGAAAUUGAAACUUUUAUACCACUUCUCUUACAGAAUCCUCAGGAUGGAUUCAGCCGACUGAAACGGUGGAUUAUGAUUGGGGACCAUCAUCAGUUGCCACCAGUCAUUAAAAACAUGGCUUUUCAAAAAUACUCCAACAUGGAGCAGUCUCUUUUUACGCGCUUUGUCCGUGUGGGAGUGCCAACAGUUGACUUGGAUGCUCAAGGAAGAGCAAGAGCAAGCUUAUGUAAUCUCUACAACUGGCGUUACAAGAACCUGGGCAACUUGCCACAUGUACAACUCUUGCCAGAAUUCAGAACAGCAAAUGCUGGUUUCCUGUAUGACUUCCAGCUUAUAAACGUAGAAGAUUUCCAUGGUGUAGGAGAAUCAGAACCCAAUCCUUAUUUCUAUCAGAAUCUUGGUGAGGCAGAAUAUGUCGUUGCACUGUUCAUGUACAUGUGUCUGCUAGGUUACCCUGCAGAGAAGAUAAGUAUCUUGACAACAUAUAACGGGCAGAAACACCUCAUUCGGGAUAUUAUAAACCAACGUUGUGGGAAUAACCCAAUGAUUGGCAGACCAAAUAAGGUAACAACUGUGGAUAGGUUUCAGGGUCAGCAAAAUGAUUAUAUCAUUCUUUCACUUGUGCGAACUAAGGCAGUUGGACACUUAAGGGAUGUUCGGCGUUUGGUGGUUGCUAUGUCAAGAGCCAGACUUGGGCUUUAUAUUUUUGCAAGAGUAUCACUGUUCCAGAAUUGCUUUGAGCUGACUCCAGCUUUCAGCCAGCUCACCGCUCGCCCUCUUCAACUGCAUAUAAUCCCUACAGAGUAUUUUCCAGCAGUCCGGCAGAAUGGAGAACACCCAUCUCACCAAGUGCAUGUUAUAAAGAAUAUGCCUCAGAUGGCCAAUUUUGUGUACAACAUGUACAUGCAUAUGAUACAGACUUCACGCCAACACAGACAGCAGGAUUUACUGCCCCCUCCAACACUUGUUGAAGAAAGUGAAAUGCUUCAGUCUCAAGAAAGUGAAAUAGUUCAGAGCAAAGAACUUGAAAUGGAAACAGAAACUGAAAUCAAAUGCACACCAAUGGAAACUGUGGAAGAGAAAGUUUUGGAUGAGAAACAAAAGAUAGCAGAGGAAAUUGAGGAACAACAUCGGAAAAUGCCCGAGCAUCCUGGGAGAGACAGUGAUAGUGAAGAUAGUGAAACAGAAGAUGGCUCUGAGAAAUGAACUUUUCCUUUUCCAGCAGAUGAACAGAUGACCAAAGUUGUGUAUAUCCACCAAAUUCUUUAGUGGGCAAGACAGACAACCAUUAAACAAAAGUAAAUAUUAAUGAUACUUUUAAGUAUCAUUUCUCUCUAGCUUAAGUAUAACAACUGAAUCAUUAGCAUGGUUGUAGUCAAAGGACUGCAGACGGAAUUGCAUCUCAUGUUUGCACUUGUAUUAUGUAUUUAGUAAAGUAUUUUUAAACCAA